AUGGCGGACGGCCGUACGACAGGGGAUUCCACGCCCCGUCCUACAGAGGCAAGCUCAGACAGCAAGGGCGACAACAAGACCAAGAAACGCAGGUUUUUUGGUCUAGGGACAAAGAAGACCGACCAAGGAGAGAGCGCGGCCUCGAAAACACCUAGUGCGUCCAAGACCAUGACAUCUCCCACGCCUGCUUCGCAACCCGAGCCCCCUCUGUCGCCAACGAGACAAACCUCGGAGUCCUCACAGGUCGCUUCUCCAGCGCGAUCCCAGAUUUUCGAACGCGACGUCCAAGACCCUACGAUCCCCCAAGCCAAUUCGCCUGCUAUACCCACGCAUAUUCAGACCGAGAACCACAUCCCGGCAGUUUUAGAUGAUGCCUCGGAGGCCAUCACCAACCGCAAGCUUGAUCCUGACGCGGUUGAGAUCGUCACGCAUACCUCACACCAGCCUGCAUCUGUGGCUGUCACAGGUGCCGCCUCUCCGCCACCUGCCUCUACACCUCACGAUCAGACGGCUACGGAGUGGGCGCGAGAGUUGACCUCGUUCGUCGAUCGCCAGUCCUCGGCUCAGUCGCCCGACAGCGUCUCCAAUUACGGCUCUCUUGACUCGGCUGACGUGCGCCGUUUGUCGUUCAUCUCAUUCGCCGAUGUUGUGCAAGCUGAGCACGCUCCAUCACUGAGCGGCGUUGGAUCUCGCGAGAGCAUUCACGGUGCAGGGUUGACCUCUCUGCCCACUUCGGCCUUCAACCGUUCGCCGUCGCCUAUUCGGUCGCCCGUAUCAAGCCAGGGCCCCGGCACCAGCCCGCCGACCAGCAACCCUGGCAGCAUACGUGGUAUCGAGAUGAGUCCGGCUCGGAAGCCUGUGGGUACUCCUGGCAGUCUAGGUCUUGUGCCGCCAGGUCAUACUGGCCAGUUGAAUGUCGAGACGAUGAGUCAGGCAUUGCGGCGAACGACCAGCACGGACUUCAGCAAAGUGACGAGCAUCCCCACGAGCCCGAUAGAUGGACCAGGGUCGAGGUGA